GAACGAAAAUAACCUACAAAUUUAAAAAUAUAUUUCAAAAUUUAAAAACACAAAAAUAUGGAUAAAUUGCUGAAUACGAACAUUAAAACAGUCUCUAGACUUCUACUCGACGGUGCUGUUAAAACCAAAGAUUUAACAGAACUGGCAUUAAAUAGAGUAUCAGAAAUACAUAAACUCAAUGCAUUCAUAACGCUCACUCAAAAUGAGGCACAAAUCCAAUGUGGACAAUCCCAAGAACGAUACAAAACGCAAAAACCUCUUUCCGAACUAGACGGUGUCCCGAUCGCAAUCAAAGACAACUUUUGCACUGAAAACAUCAAAACAACCUGCGCCUCCAAAAUGCUAGAAAACUUCACACCCACCUACAACGCCACAGUAUACCAAAGGCUUUUAGAUGCAGGUGCAGUCCUUGUGGGAAAAACAAACCUAGACCAGUUCGCCAUGGGUUCUGGUACAAUAGAUUCCAUCUUUGGGCCUACCAAAAAUGUCUGGGGCUACUCUGAGGGAGAUAAUUUUCGCAUAUCUGGGGGUAGCAGUGGGGGCAGUGCUGUUGCAGUUGCUACAGGAGCAUGUUAUGCUGCUCUUGGUUCUGAUACUGGUGGUUCCACAAGAAAUCCUGCAUCUUACUGUGGAGUAGUAGGGUUGAAACCUACUUAUGGGUUGGUUUCCAGAUCAGGACUGAUACCUUUAGUGAAUUCAAUGGAUGUACCUGGGAUUUUAGCUAGAACUGUGGAUGAUACAGUUUCAGUUUUGAAUGUUUUGGCUGGAUUUGAUCCAAAAGAUUCUACAUCUUUGACCAAGCCAUACAAAAAAAUUAGAUUACCCCCAGCUGGAAAAAUGAGUAUAAAAGGCCUGAAAGUAGGAAUUCCUAUAGAAUACAACUGUGAACAGCUUAGUGAGGAAGUUUGUGAUGUCUGGAAUGAAAUAGCAAUACUUUUGAAAAAUGAAGGAGCCAUAGUCAAACAAGUUUCAAUGCCAAAUACCGAAUACAGUAUUGUCUGCUACUCCAUACUGAACCAAUGUGAAGUUGCCAGUAAUAUGGCUAGAUAUGAUGGAAUAGAAUACGGUUUUCGAGCUGAUGAACAUUAUUCCACAGAAAAAUUGUAUGCAACUACAAGACGGUUAGGUUUCAAUGAUGUUGUGAAAAAUCGUAUACUAACCGGCAAUUACUUUCUACUAUCUAGGAACUACACAAAGUAUUUUGAACAAGCUUUAAAAGUAAGAAGGCUAAUUUUAAAUGACUUUGACAAUGUUUGGGAUGAUGUCACUAUUUUACUAACACCCACUACAUUGACAGAUGCCCCUCUAUACAGGGAUUUUGUGUCGAAAACCAAUAGAGACCAAUGUGCGGCUCAAGAUUUUUGUACACAACCAGCAAAUAUGGCAGGUGUUCCUGCUGUAUCAAUACCCAUAAAAUUAUCGAAAAAUGGUCUUCCUUUAGGCCUGCAAUUGAUUGGGAAAAAUCUUAGUGAGCCACUUUUGCUAGCUGUGGCAAAGUAUAUUGAAAAUAUUGUCAAAUUUCCGCAUUUUUCUUACAAGAUGUGAUAUGGUUAAUAAAUUUGUUUAAUAAU